AUGGGGAAGUCGCAAAAGAAACGAUCUAUGCGAAGGCACAAUCCGGUGAGGGUGCCGGAUUCACAUCUCCCUAAAGGACUUGCUUCGGCUUCCGAAACUUCUUCGAAGACACAAGAGAUCCUCCCAAUAAUUCAAAAGAUGGAAAGUCCAGACUCUGGAGAUCGAAAAUGGGCAUGCGUGGCCGUGUCCAAUCUCAUCCAAAAUGAUCCAUCCACUCGCCGACUGCUUCAGGGAAAGAAUAUUAUCGGAGCCUUGAUAACGCGCUUGACGGAUAGUGAAGAGGAGGUCGUCGUUGAAGCCGUCGGUGCUCUGAGGAAUCUAUGCAUCGACGGAGGAUAUGACAUUUGUGCCGAAAUGUACAAUAAAAACAUCCUAGCCCCGCUAAGGACUUUCGUUCCCAAGAUCUCUGGUGUGCUAUCACAAUACUUGACAUCAUCCAAAACAUCUCCAGAAUCUUCGAAAAAGAUAGUAUACGAAUUUGCAGACAAUGUUAUUACAACGCUAUGGUGUCUGUCAGAGACUUCAAAUAAGGCAUUGAAUGCCAUCAACGAAAUGCGCCUCGUACCCUUCUUGAUGUCCUUCCUUGCCGCCAGGGAUGCUCUUCCACUAGCUCCCGUGACGUCUGCUGCCCAGUGUUUAUACGUUCUCACGGAUGAUAAUUACCCAGCUAUUUCCGAUGUACAAACGGAUGCAGGUUACAUUGCUUGUCUACUCUCGAUUGCACGCAGAGAAAAUGGUGGACUUGACCAAGUUGAUCCUCGGACGGUCACGUUAAGCGUGCUUGCGGCUGGAAUUUUACGCAAUGUAUCUCCGAUACCCCCUCCAUCAGCAGCUUCGUUUGUUGAUAUCGAUAAAGAUGUCGUUUUGCCCCUACUGCAACCCAUUAUAUCCUCUAUAUCCUUGCCCGACAUCUCAACCACCGUCCAGGAGCUCGUACAUCGUUUUUCAUCUGAGCCUCAGCUAGAAAAAUUGUCACUGAAAAACUCACCAAAGUCGGAUCACAAAUCAGAGAUCGAAACACAACUUGAGACGCUCGAAGCUCGGUUGCGUGCUGUGCAACUCGCUCUAGAGAUUCUGACGGGUGCCUCCGCGGUACUUCCCGACCCUGAACCCAAUUCUUCUACUGCUGAAGAAGAGAAUGAUGAAGGUGCAGACUUUGCGCCUGCCUCUUUGAAUGGUCUUGACGGGUUUUAUUUUGCUGAUGACGUAGACGAAGACACAGCGGACAUCAACAUGGAAGUCGGGUCACAAACCCCUCCACUACCUCCCUCAAAUACAUCUUUUCUUCCCGCACUAGUGCUCCCUCUACUCUCCCUAGUUCAACCAACGUCCCUUUCUUUCCCUCCUCUGGCUGCACCGUCAUCGCAUCCCCCAACCACUUCCGCUUUAAGCGCAGUUCACGUCAGCGCUCUUGAAUGUCUGAAUAACAUCUUCCUCUCUCUCGCCAAUUCCCCGAUAUCAAAUAUAUCUAAAGAUGUGGAAAGUGGAGCGGCUGUGUGGAAUAGUCUUUGGACUGCUCUCAGUCUCGUCGGUACACAGACAGGACUUGGCCAAGAGCGAAGACAGCAAAUGUGGGAAGUCGCUGUCGGUGUGCUAUGGGGCGUCGGUAAUGUUUGGAAAGGACUUUUGGAACCCAACGAUGAACAGAUCAAGUUGUUGAUGCAGCUCUCAGACUCUACAUCUGACCCUACACUCAAGGUCAAGUGCAUUGGAACUCUUGAAUGCUUAGCCCAAUACCCCACUUCAAUCCCCCACAAUCAAGUCAUCGCAAAUUAUCUGCUCUCCGCACUCCCGGAAAAUGAUACGCCAUCCCCUAUGGGCACAGAGCCGCUUAUCCAGGCCGUCUCAGCCCUCAUUGAUAUCUACUCUGACGAAAACACACCGUAUGACGUUAACUUCCGUCAAGGAAACUUUUUGAAUAGGCUCGCCACAAGCGUAGAUGGCCUAAAAAAGGCUGUGAAGGGGAUAGAUCGACGAAAGGAUGGUGGUAAAGAACUCAGACGACGAGGAGAUGAUGUGAAGGAAAAUCUUAUUGCGUUCAUACAGUAUAGAAGGGAUCUGGGGUUGUAG